AUGGAUGUGCUGCUAUCAUCUGGUCUUUUGAAAGAAACGUUUCAUUCCUUGAAGAAAAAUACGAUAAAGAACAAACCGACGGCGAUUUCCAAGUCUAAAUUGGGGAUUUUUACGUAUCCAUGCAAUUCUGGAGACCCGGUUCGAUAUCGAUUUCAUUUUCAGGGAAUCAAUCUUGUCAACAAAGAUACAUUUAGCAAAAGCGAUCCUUUCUUCGAAAUACGUUUCUGUGCGCCGAAUACCACAAAAGAAGUGACAGUGUACCGAAGCGAAGUGCUUGAUGAUAACUUAUGCCCGGAUUGGGUGCCCUUUAUUAUUCAUAAAGAUCAGCUCUGCGCUGGAGAUGACAGGAGAAAGAUCAAGAUUCUUGUGUUUGACUACGACGGGCCUGAGCAAUUCGAGAUGAUUGGUGAGACAGAAAUUCAAGCAAAUUGUCUCCACGAUGGUCUGCUUCUCCCUUUGAUCGAGCCGAAGAAACUCAAGAAAAAGUCAUCUUAUCGAGGCUCGGGAUUUCUGAAAAUCGCGGACGCAACGCGAAUCUCCGCUGCGCGCCAAAAAUAUCCCAACUGA